GUGGGGAGUUCCCAGCUAGGCCGUGCUCCUCUAGUUUCUUCUCGUACAAACACAUUGUUUCUCAAUCUUCUCAUUGGUCUUUCUCUUGAACGAAAUUUCCUUACUUUCGUCAUCUCCAUUAAAACAAGUUCCACUGUGCUUUUGAGAGUAAAAGGCCAUUCGUUCACCACCCAAGUUUAUUUCUUUAAUAAGUGUCAUCAUCAUUGGAUACAAUAGAGAUUUUGUAAAGAGAUUAAAAAAGCAGUGAUUUUUAUAAAACUUUGGAUUUUCAUUCUACCAUAGAAAAAUCGAGAUGGGAUCAUCUUCAGGGCAAAGCAAUGGAAGCUAUGAUCUUUCAUUCAAGAUCUUAUUGAUCGGAGAUUCGGGUGUUGGCAAGAGUAGUUUGCUAGUUAGCUUAAUUUCAGCUUCUGCAGAAGAUCUAGCUCCCACCAUUGGUGUGGAUUUUAAGAUCAAGUUGAUAACAGUUGGUGGGAAGAGGUUGAAGCUUACUAUAUGGGAUACUGCUGGACAGGAAAGGUUCAGAACAUUGACAAGCUCUUACUAUAGAGGUGCCCAAGGGAUCAUACUUGUGUAUGAUGUAACUAGGAGAGAAACCUUCACGAAUCUUUCUGACGUUUGGGCCAAAGAACUGGAGCUUUAUUCUACGAAUCAGGAGUGCGUCAAGAUGCUUGUUGGAAAUAAAGUUGAUAGAGAUUCUGAAAGGGAAGUAAGUAGGGAUGAAGGAACCGCGCUCGCAAAAGAGCUCGGAUGCAUGUUUCUUGAAUGCAGUGCUAAAACAAGAGAAAACGUGGAGAAAUGCUUUAAGGAGCUUGCAUUGAAGAUAAUGGAAGUUCCGAGUUUUUUGGAAGAAGGUUCUGCUGUAGGGAAGAGAAACAUCUUGAAGCAGAAACCAGAGUGUAAGGCUCAUCAAGGCCGUGGAUGUUGCUCUUAAAUUGCAGAGAAAUCUUACUAUAUUUCUUCUUUCCAAUGGUUGAUUGCGGGAAUUAACUCGAGUUGUAGAGUUUCAAGUGCAAGUGAGUUUGAAAGGUUGUUCCUUUAAAUUAGUUAAAAUGAAAUCAAUUAAUAAAGGAGACUAAAUAUCAGUGCAACUUUUCUUCUUUCCAAUGGGAGCUCCUUUUCUAUUUUU